CCCUCGUCCUCUCUGCCUGAACCCGCCGCCUCGAGCUCUCCUCCAUGGCCUCCUCCCUCCCCCCCUCCCCCUCAGGCCGGCGGCUCUUGUUCCCGCCUCGACUCCCGGACCUCCCGCCCGGCCUCCGGAUUCGUAGGUCGACGACCCUCUCCGUGGCCGACACGGCGGCGCUGCUCCUCCCCGCCGCGUACGACGGCGACGUCCCCAAAUUCAAGAUGCUGGUGAAGCGGCUGAGGAAGGCGGGGAAGGGCGUGGAGGAGGCACUGGCUGAGAUUAAGAGCUCCUCGUAUUUUAAGUACAGGGGUCACGGGCCGCUGCACCUGGCGGCGUUGUCGGCCAAGCCGGUAAUGUGCAAGUACCUCCUAAAGGACCUCAAUCUCGACGUCAACGCGGGUGGCGAGGAUGGUGUGACGCCUCUCUUUUUUGCAAUAUAUGGUACUGGAUCCACAGCCAUUACCAGGCUUCUCCUUGAUCAUCAUGCUGAUCCAAACAAAGCAGCCUAUGAUGGAGCUACCCCACUCCUCGUUGCAAUAUGUGAAGAUACCUAUGAAAUAGCAGAGUUAUUAUUGUCUAGACGAGCUUAUGCUGACCCUGUGUCUGAAUAUGGAACUCCAUUGUACAUUGCUGCCAGGGAUGGAAAUGUUAGAAUGCUGAAGUUAUUAUUGCAGCAUCAGGCAGAUCCCAAUGUAGUACUACAUACACCGCUGAAAGCAACAACUUCUGCAUGUUCAUUAGGCAUGGAACUACUUACUAAGACUGAUGCUGAUGUCAAUCCUGGUACUAUAACUCCACUGAUAGCAGCUGCAUAUGCUGGCUCAACUGACUGCAUAAAGUGCUUGUUGAAAGCUGGUGCUGAUGCAAAUAUACCUGAUCACAAUGGUAGAAUACCGUUAGAAGUUGCUGCAAUCCAAGGGUGUCAGGAAUCAGUUGAUCUUCUUUCCUUUGUCACAACCCCUUCAGUUCAAGUUACUGAUUGGAGCACUGGUGAAAUAAUUCAACAUGCAAAACCUACGAGUUCCAAGCCAGACGGUGAAAAUGAUGGACCCGAUUUCGAAGCACAAGGGGAUUAUGCAUUCUUUCAAAGUGAUUAUGCUCAAGCAUUGAAUCAGUAUACCAUGGCAGUGGAGAUUAACCCUGAUGAUUCAGCCCUGUAUGCAAAAAGGAGCCUUUGCUUGCUGCAUAUGGGUGACAAAGGCAAGGCUUUGGAUGAUGCUUAUACCUACAGGGACAUGAAGCCGAAUUUAUCCAUAUCAUGCUAUGCACAAGGAGCAGCUCUGAUACUGGUGAAAGAGUAUGGCAGAGCGAUUGAAGAACUCAUGUAUGUUUUGAACCUGGAUUUUGAAAGGGAACCAGCAGAGAAAGCAUUGAGUGUGGGCCAUCCGUGAAGAAAUGUUGUUACUGCAAAGAAAAACAAGAAAUAUUGUACUUAUUUAGUUGUUAUGACUGCACCGAAAAAGACACUACUGACAGACGAAGGUUCCACCGAAACCUGGGGUGCUCCGUUUUUUGUCUGCAAACUAAUCUGCUGAUGGAUCCCAUUCCCAUGAAAGCCCUAAACACUUUGUUUCUGCAAGGUUAUUAAUACAAGUUAUUGUGUAUUUUCGGCUAUUAGGGCAUGUACAAUGGUGAGACAGCCUCCUGUCUGUAUGUUAUUGGGAUCAACAAUACAGACGGGUAAACAGACACUACGUACAACCCACAGACAGAGGCUGUCUGUUUAGUUGUCUGCAAGUGUUUUAAUGCUCGGAUUUAGCCAUGAUCAA